AUGAUACUAGAUCUUCUGGGAUGCUCUCCUCUCCUCCUACUGCUGCUGGGACUAUGGGGCCCAGUGCAUCCACUUUGGGCUUUGCCUAGGAAUUUGACGAAGGCUCAUUGGUUUGAAAUCCAGCAUAUACAGCCAAGUCUCCUCCAGUGCAAUAAGGCAAUGAGUGGCGUUAACAAUUACACUCGGCACUGUAAGCCUGAAAACACCUUUCUGCAUGACUCCUUCAAGAAUGUGGCUGCUGCCUGUGUCUUGCCCAACAUCAUCUGCAAGAAUGGCAGGAACAACUGUCACCAGAGCCCAAAGCCUGUUAAUGUGACUCAGUGCAUCCUCACAACAGGAAGAUAUCCUGCCUGCCGCUACAAAGAUGCUAACCUUUACAAGUUCUUCAUUGUUGCCUGCGAUCCCCCUCAGAAGACAGACCCCCCCUAUCAGUUGGUACCUGUGCACUUAGAUAAGAUUGUUUAA